CUCAAAUUUUCUCCUCCGUCUCCGAGCCUCUUUCCCAUCCCACCACCUCGAUUUUCCUUCUUCUUCUUCGCUUUCUCCUCUCAGAAAAGGGUCUUCAGUUCCCCUCCUCAGACCCUCACGACCUAUUCUUUCUCCCUCUGAUGCAUGUGGUAUUUAUGGUUGGACUUGGGUUUCUGAUCUCAGGGAGGAACGAAGGAUGGUGAUGGAGAUGGACAACGGGAGGGGAGGGUGAAGGCGGCAGAGGCCACCAACGACACAUGCAUGGCCACGAUCAGCAGGAGCAGAUCCGGAUCUCUCCUCCUGGCGAGAGGGAAGAAGUGGGGUUGUGGCUGAGUUCCGAUGAUAAGGGAGCCACAACAGUGUGGGUGGCGUGCAAAAGGGAGAAGCAGCGAUUCUUCGCCAUCGAGUUGGAUAAUUAUCAAAUUGAAAGGGGAUGCGGCAGCGGCCGGCUCGUAGCAGGAGGUGGUGGUGGAGAUUCGGUGAAGGAGGAAGGGUCGGAUCUGGAGACGGCAGGGGAGGAGGAGGAUUUGAUUCGGGGUGAGGGAUCCGGGGUUCACAAUGAUCUUUAA